GGAGGGCACGAGCACUAGGGAAACGCGCGCGUGCUUCUGUCUUGUCUUGUCUUCUCAUCUCAUCUCAUCUCUUGCUCUCUUCCACACACACACACACACACACACACACACACACACACGCGCGUGCGCGCGCUUACACGGAGAGGGGAAAAAGGAGUCGGGUAGCACAAACGACACACAAGAAAGAGAGCUCGCGUUUCACGGGUUUCAUGCAUGCGCGUGCUAGUGAUCCACAGGCGUACAUAUAAAGCGAAGCGUGGGAAAGCGCGGUUUUCUCCGGGGAUCUCUCAGAGUCACAGGCAGCUGCUGUAAGCAGACUCAUCUGCGCUCUUCCCGGUUUCCGCCAUGGCUCAGGAGAACGGAGAGACCGCCAAGGACUCUUGGAAAAAGCAAGUGGACGACAUCAAGCAAAUGUUUGAAUUCAAGGAGAUCCUCGGCACGGGAGCGUUCUCCGAGGUGGUCCUGGCUCAGGAGAGGGCCACAGGGAAGAUGUUUGCCGUUAAGUGCAUCCCUAAAAAGGCCUUGAAGGGGAAGGAGAGCAGCAUCGAGAACGAGAUCGCCGUGCUAAGCAAGAUCAAGCAUGAGAAUAUCGUGGCCCUGGAAGACAUUUACGAAAGCUCGGAUCACCUGUACCUCAUAAUGCAACUGGUUUCAGGAGGAGAGCUGUUUGACCGGAUCGUGGAGAAGGGGUUCUACACAGAGAAAGAUGCCAGCACACUCAUCAGACAAGUCCUGGAUGCAGUCAACUACCUGCACAGUAUGGGCAUUGUACACCGAGACCUGAAGCCUGAGAAUCUUCUUUACUUCAACCCUCAAGACGGCUCAAAGAUCAUGAUCAGUGACUUCGGCCUUUCGAAGAUGGAGGGCACGGGUGAUGUUAUGUCCACUGCCUGUGGCACACCAGGAUACGUCGCUCCUGAGGUGCUCGCUCAGAAGCCAUACAGUAAAGCUGUGGAUUGCUGGUCGAUUGGAGUCAUAGCUUACAUCCUGCUGUGUGGAUAUCCACCUUUCUAUGACGAGAACGACUCCAAACUCUUCGAGCAGAUCCUGAAAGCCGAUUAUGAGUUCGAUGCACCUUAUUGGGAUGAUAUAUCUGAUUCAGCCAAGGACUUUAUCAACAGUUUGAUGGAGAAAGACCCCACUAAGCGUUUCACCUGUGAGCAAGCUCUGCGUCACCCCUGGAUUGCCGGAGACACCGCUCUCUGCAAGAACAUCCACGAAUCGGUCAGCCGUCAAAUGCGUAAAAACUUUGCUAAGAGCAAGUGGAGGCAAGCCUUUAACGCUACGGCGGUGGUGAGGCACAUGAGGAGGCUGCAGCUGGGCAGUAGUAUGGGCGCCAGCAUGGAUGGCGCUCACCCGAACAGCAGCGCCCAGAGCCGAGGGCAUGCAGCAAAGCAGCAGACACCACCACCGAACCAAACCCUGAACCCGGUGUUAAACCUCAGCCAAAACCAGAAACCUGCUCCUAACCAGAACCAGUAUCACAUCAACAACAUGUCUACAGAGUCUCCUUCUAUAACGCGUAAAGACUGUACGGCACCUCCUCACGCUUCCUGUUCUUUGGCAUCCGCAGCCGCAUCCCAAGCUCCAGGGGCGGAGCCCUGCAGGCCACACCCCUCCUCCGUUGCCUCGGUGAGCACUGUGUUAACUGGGACAAAGUGACGCCAGGUCCUGCGGGGGGAGAGCUGGGAGGCCACAGCCCUGUAAGCCACGCCUCUCAGACCACCCCCCGCCCUGCCUUGCGGACAGGCAGAGGACUCACCCACCCACUGGUCGCCAUAAUUAACCAUUGAGAGACUCGACACUGCGCGCCACUUACUGCACACCGCAACUCGUCCUGCUACUCGAACCCCACGCUAUCAGGGGGGCACGACACACGCAGACAGGAUGAAGAGGUCUAAUUCACUUAUAAGAGUGGAAUUACGUGGCCAGGCUUGAGUCUUGUAUGAGAAUAAUUGCGUGUUGUGUUAUGAAUGUGCUAUGAAUCACAGCAGCCAUUUUACCCUCCGGUUAUGACUCGGAAAGGACUUCAGAGGAAUGCACGGGAGUAAACGUGAAGUGUGUCUGCCUUGAGCACCUUCAGGCAGAACCAAUGUCAAAUAGUUUUUCUUAUUCUACAUCUCUAAGCUCUUCCCCUCGUAUUCUCUCUCUCUUUUUUUUCCCCCCUCUCACACUUCUGGCACUUCCUAUAAGCUGUGUUUGAGUUGACGAGAUUUUUGCAGUUUUAUUUCUAGAGUUUCUAGUCGUUCUCUGGUUUUCGAGUUUUCUACGAUCUGUCUCACAGACCUGCAGAAGUGCUUUAUAAAUCAUGUUGGACUGUUUCGAACUGUUAAUCUGGCUCCAAGUUGUAUGUGUUUGUACAUGGAAGUUCCACAGCUACUGACUACGGAUUUGCUGUAGUCCUGCAGUGUUGGAUUGAGAGUAUAGAGUUUAUUACCACAUCACAAGAUUCAUCCAGAUAUUUGCCUCAAAUAUGAUUUUUCUAUUUUAUUACAUGCACGCAUACACCCAAGCAGUGAUGACUGAUGAUGGUAGCACUGUUAUAUACUAUCUUUUUCUCAGUCUAUCCAUUUCAUGUUUACACACCGAUGCACACACAUUGAAAGCCCCUGAAAAGCCAUGGCAGCGUUGCUUCACACCCAGUGUACGAGUUCUCAGGGAAUUCCACAGUUGCA